GGGCGCAGUCUCCGUGCGGGCCCUCGCCCUCGCCGCCCGGCCGCGCCUCUACGCCUCCGACCCCGCCGGCUCGUGCCCGCGGCCGCCACUGGCAGCGCCCGCCGAGCCCCAGGCGCCCCAGGAGCGAGAGCGAGGCGGCGGCGGCGACGACACCGGGGCGCGAGGCCGGGGGCGAGGAGGGGCCCCGGAGCCCGCGCCCUCCCGGGGCCGGAUCCUGCGCGUGCCCCGGGUGGGCCUGGCCGGCGGGCAGGACCGCAGGCCUCUUAUGUAAGGAGCUGAAGGGGAGAUAAAAUAUACAGGAUGAGAAGAUGGCACUGUUGCCUCCCCCAAGACCUCAGAGCUUUGUCUUCUUCACAAAACAGUCUCUUGCCCUCAUUGAACAACGUAUCGCAGAAGGAAAAACAAAGGAACCCAGAGAAGAAAAGAAAGAUGAGGAGGAAAGGCCAAAGCCAAGCGGUGACCUGGAGGCCGGCAAGCAGCUGCCCUUCAUCUAUGGGGACAUCCCUCCCGACAUGGUGUCAGAGCCCCUGGAAGACCUGGACCCCUACUACGCGGACAAAAAAACUUUCAUAGUACUGAACAAAGGGAAAGUGAUCUUUCGUUUCAAUGCCACACCUGCUCUGUACGUGCUCUCGCCUUUCAGUCCUCUAAGAAGAAUAUCUAUUAAGAUUUUAGUACACUCUUUAUUCAGCAUUCUUAUCAUGUGCACUAUUCUGACCAACUGCAUAUUUAUGACCAUGAGUAACCCUCCCGAUUGGACCAAGAAUGUAGAGUACACUUUUACUGGAAUAUAUACUUUUGAAUCGCUUGUAAAAAUCCUUGCAAGAGGCUUCUGUGUAGGAGAGUUCACUUUCCUUCGUGACCCAUGGAACUGGCUCGAUUUUGUUGUCAUUGUUUUUGCGUAUUUAACAGAAUUUGUAAACCUAGGCAAUGUUUCAGCUCUUCGAACUUUCAGAGUGUUGAGAGCUUUGAAAACUAUUUCUGUAAUCCCAGGCCUGAAGACCAUCGUGGGGGCCCUGAUCCAGUCUGUGAAGAAGCUCUCAGACGUCAUGAUCCUGACCGUGUUCUGUCUGAGCGUGUUUGCCCUGAUUGGACUGCAGCUCUUCAUGGGCAACCUAAAGAAUAAGUGUGUGCGACAGCCACCUGAAAGUAAUGAUACAUUAGAAAGCAUACUGGAGACACUUGAAGAAGAAAAUUACAGAAAAUAUUUUUAUUACUUGGAGGGAUCCAAAGAUGCUCUCCUUUGUGGCAUGAGCCCAGACUCAGGUCAGUGUCCAGAAGGAUACCAAUGUAUGAAGAUCGGCAGAAACCCCGAUUAUGGCUACACGAGCUUUGACACUUUCAGCUGGGCGUUCUUAGCCUUGUUUCGGCUGAUGACCCAGGAUUACUGGGAAAACCUUUACCAACAGACACUGCGUGCUGCUGGGAAAACCUACAUGAUCUUCUUUGUUGUGGUGAUUUUUCUGGGCUCCUUUUAUCUAAUAAACUUGAUCCUUGCUGUGGUGGCCAUGGCCUAUGAAGAGCAGAACCAGGCGAACAUUGAAGAAGCCAGGCAAAAAGAGUUAGAAUUUCAACAGAUGCUAGAUUGUCUUAAAAAAGAGCAAGAAGAAGCUGAGGUAAUAGCGUUGGCAGCAGCUGAAUAUGCAAGUAUCGGGAGAAGCAGAAUUAUGGGCAUCUCCGAAAGUUCUUCUGAAACAUCCAGACUGAGCUCCAAAAGUGCUAAAGAAAGAAGAAACAGAAGGAAAAAAAAGAACCAAAAGAAGCUCUCUAGUGGGGAAGAAAAGGGAGAUGAUGAGAAAUUGUCCAAAUCAGAGUCAGAGGAGAGUAUCAGGAGAAAAAGUUUUCACCUUGGUGUUGAAGGUCAUAGGCGAGCACGUGAAAAGAGACUGUCUACCCCUAAUCAGUCACCACUCAGCAUCCGGGGCUCCUUGUUUUCCCCGAGGCGCAGCAGCAGAACGAGUCUUUUUAGUUUCAAAGGUCGAGGGAGAGAUAUUGGAUCUGAGACUGAAUUUGCGGACGACGAGCAUAGCAUUUUCGGAGACGGCGAGAGCAGACGGGGCUCACUGUUCGUGCCCCACAGGCCUCGGGAGCGGCGCAGCAGUAACGUCAGCCAGGCCAGCAGGUCGCCCCCAGUGCUGGUGAACGGGAAGAUGCACAGUGCCGUGGACUGCAACGGCGUGGUCUCCCUGGUGGACGGACCCUCGUCCCUCAUGCUCCCCAAUGGACAGCUCCUGCCAGAGGUGAUAAUAGAUAAGGCAACCUCUGAUGACAGCGGUACAACCAAUCAAAUACAUAAGAAAAGACAUUCCAGUUGUUACCUCUUUUCUGAGGAUAUGUUGAAUGAUCCCAAUCUCAGACAAAGAGCCAUGAGUAGAGUCAGCAUAUUAACAAAUACUGUGGAAGAACUUGAAGAGUCCAGACAAAAAUGUCCACCUUGGUGGUACAGAUUUGCACACACAUUCUUAAUCUGGAAUUGCUCUCCAUAUUGGAUAAAAUUCAAAAAGAUUAUCUAUUUUAUUGUAAUGGACCCUUUUGUAGAUCUGGCUAUUACCAUCUGUAUAGUUUUAAACACAUUGUUUAUGGCUAUGGAGCAUCACCCAAUGACUGAGGACUUCAAAAAUGUACUCACUGUGGGAAAUUUGGUCUUCACUGGGAUCUUUGCAGCUGAAAUGGUUUUAAAACUGAUUGCCAUGGAUCCAUAUGAGUAUUUUCAAGUAGGAUGGAAUAUUUUUGACAGCCUUAUUGUGACUUUAAGUUUAGUGGAGCUUUUUCUAGCAGAUGUGGAAGGAUUGUCAGUUCUGCGAUCAUUCAGACUGCUCCGAGUUUUCAAGUUGGCAAAAUCCUGGCCCACCCUGAACAUGCUGAUAAAGAUCAUCGGCAACUCGGUGGGGGCCCUGGGCAACCUCACCUUGGUGCUGGCCAUCAUCGUCUUCAUCUUCGCCGUGGUCGGCAUGCAGCUCUUCGGGAAGAGCUACAAAGAAUGCGUCUGCAAGAUCAGUGACGACUGUACACUCCCGCGCUGGCACAUGCAUGACUUCUUCCACUCGUUCCUGAUCGUGUUCCGCGUGCUGUGCGGGGAGUGGAUAGAGACCAUGUGGGACUGCAUGGAGGUCGCCGGUCAAGCCAUGUGCCUUAUUGUUUACAUGAUGGUCAUGGUCAUUGGAAACCUGGUGGUCCUCAACCUGUUUCUGGCUUUAUUAUUGAGCUCAUUUAGUUCCGACAAUCUUACAGCAAUUGAAGAAGACACCGAUGCAAACAACCUCCAGAUUGCAGUGGCCAGAAUUAAGAAGGGAGUAAAUUAUGUGAAACAAACCUUACGGGAAUUUAUUCUGAAAGCAUUUUCCAAAAAGCCGAAGAUUUCCAAAGAGACAGGACAAUCAGAGGAUGUAAAGAAUAAGAAGGAAAACUAUAUCUCCACCCGCACACUUGCUGAAAUGAGCAAAGAUCUCAAUUUCCACAAAGAAAAAGAUAAAACCAAUGGUUUUGGAAGUAGCAUGGACAAAUACUUGACAGAAGAAAGUGAUUAUCAAUCAUUUAUUCACAAUCCCAGCCUCACAGUGACAGUGCCAAUUGCUCCUGGGGAAUCGGAUUUGGAAAAUAUAAACACUGAGGAACUGAGCAGUGACUCAGAGAGUGAAUACAGCAAAGGGAGACUGCCCCGGUCGAGUUCCUCCGAGUGCAGCACAGUUGAUAACCCUCUGCCAGGAGAAGGAGAGGAAGCAGAGGCUGAGCCUGUAAACUCGGAUGAGCCAGAGGCCUGCUUCACAGAUGGUUGUGUACGGAGGUUCACAUGCUGCCAAGUUAACAUAGAAUCAGGGAAAGGAAAAAUCUGGUGGAACAUCAGGAAAACCUGCUACAGGAUAGUUGAACACAGUUGGUUUGAAAGCUUUAUUGUUCUCAUGAUCCUGCUCAGCAGUGGUGCUCUGGCUUUUGAAGAUAUAUAUAUUGAAAAGAAGAAGACCAUUAAGAUUGUCCUGGAAUAUGCCGACAAGAUAUUUACUUACGUCUUCAUUCUGGAAAUGCUUCUAAAAUGGGUAGCAUAUGGUUAUAAAACGUAUUUCACCAAUGCCUGGUGUUGGCUGGAUUUCUUAAUUGUUGAUGUUUCUUUGAUUACUUUAGUUGCAAACACUCUUGGCUACUCAGACCUUGGCCCUAUUAAAUCCCUUCGGACACUUAGAGCCUUAAGACCUCUAAGAGCUUUAUCUAGAUUUGAAGGAAUGAGGGUGGUCGUGAAUGCACUCAUAGGUGCAAUUCCCUCCAUCAUGAAUGUGCUACUCGUGUGUCUUAUAUUUUGGCUAAUAUUUAGCAUCAUGGGAGUAAAUUUGUUCGCUGGCAAGUUCUAUGAGUGUGUUAACACAACAGAUGGGUCACGUUUUCCCAUAAGUCAUGUUCAAAAUCGCUCUGAAUGUUUUGCACUGAUGAAUGUUACGCAGGAUGUGCGGUGGAAAAACCUGAAGGUGAACUUUGAUAAUGUUGGACUUGGCUACCUGUCUCUGCUUCAAGUUGCAACAUUUAAAGGAUGGAUGGAUAUUAUGUAUGCAGCUGUUGAUUCUGUUAAUGUAGACAAGCAGCCCAUAUAUGAAUACAGCCUCUACAUGUAUAUUUAUUUUGUCAUCUUCAUCAUCUUUGGGUCCUUCUUCACUUUGAACUUGUUCAUUGGUGUAAUCAUAGAUAAUUUCAACCAACAAAAGAAAAAGCUUGGAGGUCAAGACAUAUUUAUGACAGAAGAACAAAAGAAAUACUACAAUGCAAUGAAGAAGCUGGGAUCUAAGAAGCCACAAAAGCCCAUACCUCGGCCAGGGAACAAACUGCAAGGAUGUGUGUUCGACCUCGUCACAAACCAGGCCUUCGACAUCAGCAUCAUGGUCCUCAUCUGCCUCAACAUGGUCACCAUGAUGGUGGAGAAGGAGGGGCAAAGUAAAUACAUGACGGACGUCUUAUACUGGAUAAAUCUGGUGUUCAUUAUCCUGUUCACCGGAGAGUGUGUGCUGAAAUUGAUCUCCCUCAGACACUACUACUUUACUGUCGGAUGGAACAUUUUUGAUUUUGUGGUUGUGAUUCUCUCCAUUGUGGGCAUGUUUCUGGCUGAGCUGAUAGAGAAGUAUUUCGUGUCCCCUACCCUGUUCCGAGUGAUCCGUCUCGCCAGGAUCGGCCGAAUCCUGCGUCUGAUCAAAGGGGCCAAGGGGAUCCGCACGCUGCUCUUUGCUCUGAUGAUGUCCCUUCCCGCGCUGUUCAACAUCGGCCUCCUGCUCUUCCUGGUCAUGUUCAUCUACGCCAUCUUUGGAAUGUCCAACUUCGCCUACGUUAAAAAGGAAGCUGGAAUUAAUGACAUGUUCAACUUCGAGACCUUUGGCAACAGCAUGAUCUGCCUGUUCCAGAUCACCACCUCGGCCGGCUGGGACGGACUGCUAGCCCCUAUUCUCAACAGUGCACCACCCGACUGUGACCCCAAAAAAGUUCACCCUGGAAGCUCAGUUGAAGGAGACUGUGGUAGCCCAUCUGUGGGGAUUUUCUAUUUCGUCAGUUACAUCAUCAUAUCCUUUCUGGUUGUGGUGAACAUGUACAUCGCCGUCAUCCUGGAGAACUUCAGCGUUGCUACUGAGGAAAGUGCAGAGCCCCUGAGCGAGGAUGACUUUGAGAUGUUCUACGAGGUCUGGGAGAAGUUCGACCCCGACGCCACCCAGUUCAUGGAAUACAGCAAACUCUCCGAUUUUGCAGCUGCCCUGGAUCCUCCUCUGCUCAUCGCAAAGCCAAACAAAGUCCAGCUCAUCGCCAUGGACCUGCCCAUGGUCAGCGGGGACCGGAUCCACUGCCUGGACAUCCUAUUUGCCUUUACAAAGCGGGUUCUGGGUGAAAGCGGAGAGAUGGACUCUCUUCGUUCGCAGAUGGAAGAGCGCUUCAUGGCAGCAAAUCCUUCUAAAGUUUCCUAUGAGCCCAUAACAACUACACUUAAACGCAAACAGGAAGACGUGUCUGCUACCAUCAUUCAGCGAGCUUAUCGACGUUACCGCUUACGGCAAAAUGUCAAAAAUAUAUCAAGUAUAUACAUAAAAGAUGGAGACAGAGAUGAUGAUUUGCCUAAUAAAAAAGAUGCAGUUUUUGAUAAUGCUAAUGAGAACUCAAGUCCAGAAAAGACAGACGCAACCCCUUCUACCAUCUCUCCACCUUCGUAUGACAGCGUGACAAAGCCGGACAGAGAGAAGUAUGAGAGAGACAAAACAGAAAAGGAAGACAAAGACAAAGACGGCAAGGAAAGCAAAAAAUAGAGCUGUGUUUUUGAUACAUUGUCUACAGCCUAUGAAGGUGAUAUGAUACAUUUGUGUUAAUAAGACUCUUUUAAGGAGGUCUCUGCCAAAAAUUUUUCUCAAAUAGUCUCAAAGUCAACGCAGUCACUAGUUCUGAUUAAAGUAGGUGGGAAGCGCUAGCAGAUGGCUAUUUUUGCGUUGGUAAAUGAUUCCGUAAGAAUUGAAAGAGUUACUCUAUAGGCAUUAUUGAUUAUAACAAAGAAUGGUGAUUUAAUUUUAUUUGUUCUUAAUAAAUCAGAGGAGCGGGUAGAAAAUGUUCACAUCUUGCUUGUCAUAUUUUCACAGGAUUGUAAACAUUCAUGUUUCCCUUCCAAAUACAAAUCACACACACACACACACACACACACACACACACACAAAAAUACCUAUAAUCUGAAUAUCUAUAAAACUAUUUUGCCUUGGCUGUGCGAUGAAAUGCCCUGAGAGUAAGAACUGACAUUAGUAAUGAGUGUUUAGUUAAAUACCUUGUUAUUAGGGAGCAAAAUUAUUUUAUACAUGUACAGAAGUCAUUCUAUAUUUUGAGGUGCUUAAAUUUAUUCUAUAUUGCUUCAGAACCAAUUUUUAUGUGCCUAUAAAUGCCAUGGAAUUAAAGACAUUGUAGCCCAUUCAUCUCAACAAAUAGUUGUCAUCCAUCUUGACUCAUACCAACCAUGACAAGACUUCCCUGCAGAGUAUUGUGCUUGAUAGCCUGCUUUUUAAAAUAUUCUUCUUUAUUCAUACAACAACCAUAAACAUGAAAAAUUACAUGCACACCGCAUUCCUCAAAAGAAAAGAAAGAGAAGAAAUUGAGAAAAGAAGCAACUGAAGAGAGCUUUCUUCACCAUUAUUUAUACACUAAUAGUGGACUGUGCUGCCCUAAAGCACCAAUAAUGACCCAACUCAAUCUGUUUUGUCUCAAUUUUCUGCUGUCUCAUGCAGAGUUGUUUCAUCAUUCUUUAGCACUAAGCAAAGUUGACGUUACCCUUCAAUGAAGCGCUUCCUGAUCUGCAGGUGGCUAUUUGGUACCACAGUACAUGUUUGAGCAGAUAAUGACUUGGGCACUGUAUUGACUGUGCCACUUGUAUACCAUCCUAAAUGUGUGUGGGAAGCCUUCAAGUCAAAAUAAAUGGCAGCCUUUCAACCCAGACUUGGUGCAUGGGCAAAAAUUGAGUUACGUAAGUAGGGAGUAAUUUUAUUUAGAAGACUGUGUGGGAGUUUUCAAAGCAAAUAUAUAGAACAUACUUCAUUCAUUUGCUUUUUUAAAUUAAAAAACAUAAAUUGCAUUUCUAUAAUAAGUACUUAAAAUAUGUUUUUUCUUGUUCUGGCUAGCUAAAAAUAAAGGAGAUUUAAAUAUACUAACAGAGAUGAAGAGUUUUGGGUGGAGAAUGAGAGACAGAGGAAGAGACUAAGAAACACAGAUCUGAGAAAGACAGACUGAAACAAGGGGCCUUUCAACAGGACUUCCAAACUAGAACAUUUUUAAAUUGUGAUGUAUUUUACGACAUCCAUGAGGGAGAUUAUCAUUUCUAGACAUUUAUCCUAAGGUACAUAAGAAAUUAAAUCUAGAGCCAAACAUUCUUUACACUUAGGCUCAAUCAUUCAUCUUAGAUUAUCUGAGCCUCUUUUUUUCUUUGCUAUGAGAGAUACCAUGCAGUGUUUUCCUAGACUAUGUAGAACAUUAUAUCACAUACCUGCUAAGACUAUUAAAAACUGGUUUGACAGUUUAAUUAGGGAACCAUACAAACUAUAUCACAUUUGUAAGAUUUUAUAAUACAUUCAAUUAAUAUCACCUUAAAUUUGAAUUCAAUCUAGCCUCAUUAUUUUAAAUCUAUAUAAAUAUAAUUGCAUUUUGCAUAUUUAUAUAAUAGAGUAUGAAAACAUGUAUGAUGGGCAGGUUUAUGUGUGAUUUACUAAUAAUGUUUUUACAUUGCCUGAUAUUUAUGUAAAGUAAAAUAUUGGCAACUGGUUCCUCAACACUGUUUCUUCUUAGCAUUUCAAAAACAACUACAAAGUAACUCCUAUUUCAUGCCGAACCUAUUUCAUGGGGAACUGUAAUUUUCUUAAAAAAAUAAACCCAGUUGGGUUUUGAAUAUGUUUUCUCAGGAAUGUGUAGUUGUAACUUUUUAUCAGUUAAAACACAAUGUUUGGAACUAAGAGCUUAUUUAGUACAGUGUAAGCUUGAAGUAAAAUUAGAUGUUUCUUUUCAUGUAAGUUACUGCUUGGUACUGACUAUGAGAUAGAAACCCCUAGAAGGCGCUGUCAUACUGAUAUUAAGUUACAUAAUCACUGUAUUUCUUUCCUAAUUAUGUAGAAUGGUAGUUACAAUGUAAAAUUUAAAUCACAAUAAAGUGGAAGCAAAGAGAUUUGAACACAAAUCUGUAUCUACAAUUUGGAUACAGGGUGGGAGCAUUUCGAUUUCCUGUUUUGACUGUUACAUAGUUUGCAAAAGAUUUAAGUGACUAGUGGGCUGUUUCUAAAUGUUGAUUGUUGAAAACCCCCAACCAAAAUGUUCACCAUGAUUUUAUAGAAUUUUGAUAGCUUUAUUAAAAAGAGUUAAGAUAAAAUGCAUAUGUAAAUAAAGCUAUUCUAAAUAGCAAUUUCAGAGAAAUGUUCAUGGAAGCAAUGAAAGGAAGGCCAGCUAAAUUAGAUGGUCGAGUAAUUGGCCUGGGUUUAGGACCUAUGUAUAGAGGCCAGUAAUUUUUUUAAACAUCUGUGGUUUAUUAUGUUAUAUUCUUGAGGAAAACAAUCAAGAAUUGCUUCAUAAAAAUAAAUGAAUAGCCAUGAGUAUACCAAUGCUGUUUACAUAGAAUUCUUUACAGAUUUCAUACAGCUAUGAAUGCUCAAAAUGUUUGUUUGUCAUAAAUUAUAGUACAGUUACACUUGAGACUUAUACAUUAUAAUAGAAUCUAAAAAUAAAAGUCAUCAAAAAAUAAAAUCAU